AUGCUGGUCGUCGGACUCACGGGCGGGAUUGCAUCGGGCAAAUCCACCGCCUCGUACCUCAUCUCGUCGCACCCAGCCCAGAUCCCCAUUAUCGACUUGGAUGUGCUCGCGCGCGAAGUGGUUGCGCCGGGCCAGCCGGCGCUCGCCGCGCUACGCAGCACCUUCGGUCCCACAGUGAUCAACGAAUCUGACGGCACACUGAACCGCGCGGAGCUGGGGAGGCUCGCGUUUGCUACACCCGAAAAAACCAAGCUGUUGAACAAGAUCACGCACGGUGCGAUCCGGCGGCGCAUGGUGUGGAAGCUGCUUGCGUACUGGGUGCGGGGCGAGAAGGUCGUGGUCGUCGAUACGCCGCUGCUCGUCGAAGCGGGCCUAUGGAAGUAUUGCGGCGAGCUCGUGCUGGUGUACUGCAAGCGCGAGGACCAGCUGACGCGCAUGCUCAAGCGCGACGGACAGAGCAAAGGCCUGACGCCGGACGACGCCGAGCAGCGCCUAAAAGCGCAGCUGCCGCUGGACGACAAGCUGCCUUAUGCAGAUGCAGUGCUCGACAACUCGUCCAACCUGACCGUUGGCGAAGACGAACGACAGGCACCAGAAUGGACCCGCACGCUCGACACGCCCACGUCGCUGGCAUUGCGUCUGCAGGUCGACAGACUCGUCUCGCGGUGGCUGUACGCGUACAGCGGCGUCAGCGGCAGGCUGAGAUGGUUGGCCCAGUGGCUGCUGCCGCCCGUGGGAUUGGUGAUGGGCGCGUGGAGAGCUUGGAAGCGCACAGCGGCGGUCAAGGCGCGGUUGAAGGCCGGCACCAAGCCGCCACUGCCAAGUAGCAAGUUGUAA